AUGCGGCAGUUCAAUCUUCUCAGCAACUUCAAUAAUGUCGGUGCUCGGACAUGGGAUUCCAAAGAGGUGGACCCCAAUCAUGGUCGCAAAAAGCAAGUCCAUUGGCAAUAUAAAAAUUCCCUAGGAAUUACCGAAGAGGGUAAAAUGAUGAAUCGGUUUGGUAAUUGUGAUGAAACCUACCCAUUCUUGCAGAUGCUUUGUUGGAGAUCCUCACUGACCGGCACUAGCGAGCAGUGGAGCUUUGGUAUUCGAGACAACAUCAGCGGUCUUUCCCUCGUCAAGAGAUUUCUGGACGACAAGGAUAUGUAUGAGAAUUUACUCGUCGAUGAAACCUUGAGGAGAAAGUGGGUAACAAUUGGGGAAAAAGGUAGCAAAGUAUGGCAAUACGACAUUGGCCAUUUGUGGCAGCCCUAUAUAAACUGCAGGUACCUCUUGAGAGUGGCUGGUAUUGACAAUCAGGUCAAUUUUGAGCCGAAGACGGUUAUCUUGGACGUGAUCCUAGACGAGCCUCUUAAUCCUCCAGAGUAG